AUUUGCAAAGUACUUACAUAGGUAGAGGAUUUCUUUACAAUAUUAUUAAAUAUAUCCAGAUGAUCCUUUAAGUAACCGGUUGUUUAAUAAGAAGGGAAAAAAUGGCAAAGUCAAAAAAUCAUACAAAUCAUAAUCAAAAUCGUAAAGCUCAUCGUAAUGGUAUCAAAAAGCCAAAACGCUACAGGCACGAGUCCACGCUUGGGAUGGAUUUGAAAUUCUUGAGAAACCAACGCUUUGCAAAGAAGCAUAAUUUAAAGCCUAAAGAACAAUUAAAGAGAGCUGAGAAACGUAAAGCCCUUCGAGAAGCAAAAAAAUAA